AUGAAGGCGUUGGCAAUUAACAAGAGCAUCUCAUAUCUAAGUCUAGUCGGGACGGCUCCGACACCUCUCGCCGGCGAACCUUGUAGCGAUGAGACCUGCUUAGCACUGGAAUGGUUUUUCCAGACGAACAAGUCCGUCCGCUUCCUGGAUAUCUCUGGAUACACCGGAAAGCUUGACGAAGGACAGCUGGGAAAGGGCUUCGGCCGCUGUCUCCGAGGUCUGGGGGCCAACACGACACUUACUCACCUCCGUAUCCGGAACCAGAACUUACAUGACGAUGUUGGCACCAUUGGCAACGUUCUCGAGCAGAACUCAAGUCUAUUGAUGCUCGACUGCCAAGAUAACAGCUGGAAUCUCACCAGCAUUCAAUUCUUGGUCAAGUCAUUGAAGAAAAAUAAGUCCAUAGUCGAGUUCCCAUUCUCCACUGAUGAGUAUCAGAGAGUUUGGAGCAGCAUCGCAAAUGACGUUAAGAGAAAGUCCAGCAGUCAGAAGAAGGCGGCCCUGCAACAGCAGCAGGCCCAGGAGGCGUUGCUUAAGGGAGCUUUGGACCAACAGCUCCAAGAACUGAAGGGAAUUAUACAAAGGAACAAGACCUCGAUCGAGACAGAAAGGGGCCAGCAAUUGGAUUUUGACGAUUCAUCUGAAACAGGAGGCGUGGCUGGCUGGCCUAGCUUGGAGUUCAAGGGCCGCGAUGGGAGAGGUUCAGCGAAGCGGCCUGUUGGUGUUGCGUCGACCGAACGUUCAACGGUCAAGUCUUCUACCAUCGCGGUGAACACAUCAAUCCCAGCGCCAUAUCACGUUCGCCUCGAUGAGGCGGCCCUAGAGAGCCCGACUGAGGCGAUGAGCCCUUUGUCGGAGGCUCCGACUACCCCUGAGCUACACAGUCCGAGCACACCGCCGGACAAUGAAGCUCCUCGCCGCAUAGAUAUCGGGCCUGACUUUCAGCAUGAUUUCAGCCGCUUCAAGCUCGGCGACUUGGACACGCAUCAGGAGGAGUAA